AUGCAACUCACUUCCGCCUUUCUGUCUCUCUUCGCCGUCGCGGCCUCGGCGGCGCCCGCGAGCGGGUCGGGCAAGUCGUGCCCAGCUUCGACGCGCAAGUUCGGCAUCAUGGCGCUUCGGUCUGCUUCCCCCAUCCACUUUGCCACCGUCGGGGCUUCUCAGAACGGAAUCGCCCUGAACCUUCCCGCCAACAAGCUUGAUGCUCAGUGCACCGAUGGAAAGUCGAGGAAGGAUGCCAUCUUCUACAUUAAGGACGAGGAGCUGUAUCUCUACGGCAAGGGCGACGUCGUGCAGCAGUUCUUGGUCGACCGUUCCGGCAUGGGCCAAGGCGUUGUACGUUACUUCACCAAGGGCCCUACGGACCCUAGUGGCAGGUUGGAGGUGAAGGGUUGGGCCGUUGACGAAAACAACAACCUCACCUUUAAGGGCACCAGUCUCCAGGCUUGCCCUAAUGCCGACGGCUCCUGGGCUAUCUGGCUCGCGGGUGUUACUAAGCCGGCGGGCCAAGAAGGCUGCCUGCCCUUCACCGGUCGUACGAUCACCACCACGAAGCCGGUGAAGUGCACGUACAGCGAUUAUGUUGCUUGA